AUGGCGAUGUUGUGCAGAGAUCUGUGUCGGGAUUUGUUGCCACCGGCGGAGUACUUUGACUACGGGUUAUGGAUUCCGGCUGGGCGGUAUCGGGCUGACAGUGACAUCGAGGAGCCUUCAGACGAUGAGGUGACGGGGUCGGUUGAAAAAACUCAGGAGGAACCUAUCCCCACAGGGCCGGUGCUGAAGCCGAAUGAGGUGGAGUCUAUGAUGAAGGAGAUCACGGGUAGCACAUCGGGUUGUACACCUGAACAGGCGGCAGAUGUCGCGAGGCGUCUGGGCGGUGCGCCGUCCCUUGCUGAGAUUCAGGAACUCAAGGCAAGAAAGGGUCAGAACAUCAGUGCCAAGGACAUUGAAGAGUGGAUGAAGACAUGCGGUCACAAUGACACUGUCGACAACCUCGUCAAGUUCUUCGAGCACUAUGACAAGAGCCACUCAGGCAAGCUCACCCGCAACCAACUCAGCCAUCUUCUACGCACUUAUGGGGAACCCCUCACCGACGCUGAAUUCAACGCCAUUCUCGCCGAUAUGGGUAUGACCGGCGACCAAAUCGACUAUCGCGCCUUUGUCGCACAAUUACUCAACUAA